AUUCAGUCUAGCGUUGACCGUGCUAUGAUUAACAUCAAUUGAACCUAGGGGCCGUUGUGUGAUACGAAAUGAUAUCUUCCAAAAAUAAUGUUGCCGCGGUGGCAUUCCUAUGCCUGGUAUUUGUGAUAGGGAACAAUCGUGUGAUGGUGGAAUCGGCCAAAAUUCUUGGCAUCUUCCCCACCGCCUCCAAAUCGCACUGGAUUCUUGGUUCUUCGCUCUUGAAAGAGUUGGCUCAAGAUGGACACGAGGUAACAAUGAUAAGCCCGUUCCCGUUGAAAAAUGCUCCCAAGACGUACCGGGAUGUUAACAUUGCAUACAACACGAAUCUGUUUGAUGAUAUAAUGGACGAAGUGUUCGAAAAAAUCGAUGACAGUAUUGUGGAGAAAAUGAUGGAGCUAGGGACUUUUGUGAAUGAAAUCACCAACACUACGCUCUCAUCGCCGGAAGUUCAAGCACUGAUACAUUCCGACGAGACUUUUGAUCUACUGAUCCUAGAAAUAUUCCUAGAUGAUGCGUUGCUUGGCUUUGCCGAUCGGUUUAACUGUCCAGUUGUCGGAAUGUCAACUUUUGGUGCUUCCUCGUGGGUGAAUUCGCUUACCGGUUCCCCACAGCCCUUAUCGUACGUACCGCAUCCAAUGUCAAGUUUUACUGAUAAGAUGAACUUCUGGCAACGGCUCGGUAACGUACUGUUUACCGCGUUUGAUGAAACCCUACUCACUGCCAUGUGCAAUCCAAUACAGCAGAGGCAUUACAACCACUACUUUCCCAACGCUACUCGCUCACUGGAUGAGAUGCGCCGCCACGGUGUCUCGCUCGUGUUGAUCAACAGUCAUUUCAGCUUGAGUUUUCCCCGACCAUAUCUGCCAAACCUGAUCGAGGUCGGUGGGUUCCAUGUCAACCGUAAAGUGAACCCUCUUCCUGAGGACAUCAAAUCCUUUAUCGAACAAUCAGAACACGGUGUCAUCUACUUUUCGAUGGGAUCCAACCUUAAACCAUCCAAAAUGGACAAGCAAAAGCGAAACGACGUCAUUAAGGUGCUCUCAAGUCUUAAGCAAAACAUCAUCUGGAAAUGGGACGACGAUACACUUGUGGUCGAUAAGAAGAAAUUCUUGAUCGGAAAGUGGUUCCCUCAGGACGAUAUCCUGGCACACCCGAACGUCAAGCUGUUCAUUACACACGGUGGUCUGCUGAGUUGCACCGAAUCGAUCUAUCACGGUGUGCCGAUCGUGGGCAUUCCGAUUUUCGGCGAUCAACUGCUGAACAUGGCACGAGCGGAACAGUCAGGCUGGGGUAUCGGGGUUACCUAUACCGAGCUCAAUGAACAAACGUUCAGCAAAGCGAUCACCACCGUUCUCGGUGACCCAAGCUAUGCUGCAAACGUUAAGACGAUUUCCCGUCGAAUGAGAGAUCAACCCCUAGCGCCAAUGGAUACAGCUAAAUUUUGGGUUGAGUACGUCCUCCGGCACGAUGGCGCAAAGCAUCUCAUAUCUUCCGCCCAAGAUCUUAACUUCGUUCAGUACAACAAUUUGGACGUCUACUUGUUUAUUGGAGCAGUACUUCUGACUAUCUUGUUCGUCAUUAGGUCAGGAUUAAGAAAGUUGUAUAGAACACUUUUAAAAAGGAAUCGGAGCACGCAAACUGUCAAAAAGACUAAUUAAUUUUAGCAAAAUUAUAAUAACUGGCUAUUUGUACAGUAAAACUUCAAAAAUGAUCAGUAACAACUUGCUAGAAUAAUUCAAUUUCGCAUAUAAACAACAACAAAAAAUGCCAAUAAACAAAGGAUACACGUGUA